ACGAUUCUUAUCUCCGAACUCUGGAUGGAAAUAGAAAUAAAUCCUAAUCUAGAACUUCCAUCCUUACGGGCAGUCCAGGCUGUGCCACCAACGGCCCCAUCUUCUGCGCCAAGGCAUCUGGCUGACGCUUUUUCAGCCAAUCAGAUUAACGAGAUAUACAUCCUCUUCUACCUCGCUUUUUCGCAAGGUCCACUCCUUUUUGAGGUUUCUUUCCGUCUAUCCAGUACAAUGGAUAGGUAUAAACUCCCCCACCCCCGGCAAAAUCGCUUGUUCUAAUAGCUUUAUCCUUCAAACUUUAACUGGAAAGACAGGAUUAAUAGCUCGAAUCAUGGUGUCUAUUACAGCAGUACGGGAUCAUAACGGCGCUAUCCCUCGUCUGUAUGGGUCUGAUCUGGUUGCAGUAUUUGUCGGCGGAACAAGCGGAAUAGGCCAAUCGACGGCACGCGCAUUCAUCCGCAAUACAACCGCCUCCCGUGCCUAUUUGAUUGGGCGCGACCAGGCAAGAGCAAGUCGGAUUAUCGAGGAAUUGCGGCAAAUCAAGCCAGACUCGCAGGUUGAGUUUAUCAAGGCAGAUGUGUCUCUUCUGCGGGAGGUCGAUGAGGUUUGCAUGGAUAUCAAGAAGAAAGAGGAUCGAUUGAAUCUGUUGUUUUUGAGCCCCGGGACUGGGUCGAUGAAUGGGCCAGAUGCCGUGCAGGGCAAGACCAUCCUCAUCACCGGCGUCUCCCCAGGCAGCUUGGGACUCGCAACCGCCGAAGCCUUCGCCUCCCAAUUGCCUGCAAAUCUGAUUAUCUCAGGCCGAUCCACCGAGAAAGUCCAAGCGGCCAUCACCCACCUCCAAUCAACCUACCCAGCCACCACCUACCACGCCCUAAUCAUGGAUCUAUCCUCCCAGAAAUCCGUCCGCGCCGCAGCAUCCCAACUCCUGGCCGACACCUCCAUCCCCACCAUCGACAUCCUGAUCAACAACGCAGGCGUCAUGUCCAUUCCUACCCGAACCCUCACCGAGGACGGACUCGAGACGACCUUUGCAACGAACCACAUCGGCCACUUCCUCUUUACCAACCUUAUCCUACCUAAGCUGAUCAAGGCCGCUUCUACCACCACUACCAAAGCCUCCACCUCUGGUCUUGCUCCCCCAACAAGAAUCAUUAACCUCAGUUCCUUCGGCCACCAAUUCUCUCCCGUCCGCUUCACCGACCUCUCCUUCACCAAACUCCCCAACGAACUACCCGAGUCCGAGCGUCCCGACCUUCAAAAAACAGAGUACCUCAUCGGCAACUCUCACGCAGACGAGACAUACUACGGCUUCUUCUCCUACGGACAGUCCAAGACCGCCAAUAUCCUGCACGCGAUAUCCCUCAACCAGAAACUACUAGCUAAGUACAACAUCGCUGCGUUCGCCAUACACCCCGGCACUGUCGACACGGGGAUUGGUCGACAUGCGACACCUAGCGAGAUUGAGACUUCCCUGCAGAGGGUGAAGGAUUUGGGGAUGGAUCCUACGCCAAAGUCAAGGGAGGUUGGGGCUAAUACGACGGUUUUGGCGGCGGUGGAUCCGCGUUUGAAGGUGGUGGAUGUUGAUAGUGAGGAUGGACAGGUUAAGGGGGUUUAUUUGGCUGAUUGUAAGGUUGAUGAUGGGGGUGUUGUUGCGUUUGCGACUGAUAGGGGGAUUGCGGAGAGGCUUUGGAGUGUGAGUGAGGAGCUUGUGUGGGAGAAGUUUGAGUUUUAG